ACCGCCAUUGCCACAAUCUGUUUUUCCCCCAUGAGUUUUAGUUGUUUUAAACGGGAUGGAGAUUAUAUACGAGUACUCCAAACCCCGAAGCGAUUUUGGCCGCCAAUGUCUCCUCUCUGACCGCCCUGCGGAGCUAAUUUCGGACGUACCUCCGGACUCAGACCUUGCGCUGCAGUUCAUGCCGAGAAGCAGCAGAGUUCGUGCGCUUCAGAGCUCUUGGGAGAUGUCCGAGCACCAGGUGAACACAGAGAGGUUUGAAUCAGAAAGUCGUGGAAUAAACCAUGUGGAAGGUGGGUGGCCCAAAGACAUCAACCCCCAAGAGAUGGAGCAAACCAUUCGCUUCAGGAAGAAGGUGGAGAAGGAUGAAAGCUACUUGAACAGCAUAAUGCAGCUAGGCGAUGUUAUAGGACGCUGCGUUGGACAAAACACUGCCGUCGACAUCUACCAGAAGUACUUUGAAGAUGAAGAUAUGUGGGACAAAAAUCAGGAACCACCAUCUGCUAAGACUAUCAAUGUGUUCAGAGAUCCGAAUCAGGUGAAGCGAACUGUCACCUGUCUGUCCUGGCACCCCGAUGGGGGAAGAAAAUUGGCAGCUGCCUACUCAUGCUUAGAGUUUCAGAAAGCUUCCACUGACAUGAGCCCGGAUGCAUACAUCUGGGACAUUGGUCAGUGUGACAGACAGAUGGAUUGGCAAAGAUGCAGAGACGUAGUUGCUUGCAUAUUGUGUUUUUUUUUUUUUCCAGAGAACCCCAACAAACCUGAACUGACUCUGAAGCCGGCAUCUCCUCUUGUUUGUUUGGACUACAACCCAAAAGACUCGCACACUCUUGUUGGCGGGAGCUACAAUGGACAAAUUGUGUUCUGGGACACCCGUAAAGGCAGUCAGCCUGCGGAUGUCUCCUCUCUGGAGCAGAGUCAUAGAGAUCCUGUCUACAAAACCAUUUGGUUGCAAUCAAAGACAGGGACUGAAGCCUUCUCUGCAUCCACUGAUGGACAGGUUCUGUGGUGGGAUGUCCGUCGGCUAAGCGAGCCCACAGACAAAUUGAUUUUGGACCUGGGUCGGGAAGGGAACCUGGACCGGGCUCUUGGAGCCAUCUCUCUGGAGUUUGAAGCCACUAUGCCGACCAAGUUCAUGGUGGGGACAGAGCAGGGCAUCGUUGUGUCCUGUAACAGGAAGGCAAAGACUCCAACCGAGAAGAUCGUGUCUACGUAUGACAGUCACCAUGGACCCGUCUACGCCCUACAGAGGAAUCCUUUCUUUCCCAAAAACUUCCUGACUGUGGGGGACUGGAGAGCUCGUAUUUGGUCUGAGGACAUAAAAGAGUCAUCCAUUAUGUGGACCAAGUAUCAGAUGUCAUUUCUGACAGAUGCCUGCUGGAGUCCUGUCAGACCUUCUGUCUUCUUCACUGUCAAGAUGGACGGCAUGCUGGACAUCUGGGAUGUCUUGUUUAAGCAGAAUGACCCUACGCUCAGUAUAAAGGUGAGUGAUGAAGCUCUUUAUAGCCUGCGGCUGCAUGAGUCUGGACGCCUGGUGGCCUGCGGCUCCCGGCAUGGUACAGCUACAAUAUUAGAGAUAUGUUCAGGACUUUCCAGCCUCCAGAAGAAUGAGAAGAGUCUUAUGGCUGAGAUGUUAGAGCGGGAGGCCAAGCGUGAGAAAAUCUUGGAAGCUCGUCAGAAGGAGCUGCGACUGAAGGAAAGGAGUCGCUCUGAGCAGAGCCGAGAGGACGAGGUGGGCCGAGACGCUGCGGAACGAGAGGAGACUCCCGAGCAGCUGAUAGCCAGAGCUGAGGAAGACUUUUUCAGUAUGGUGGAAGCUGAGAAGAAGAGGAGGAGGGAAAGGGAAGAUGAAAAGAAACAGCUUAACGGAUAGAUGGGAAGCAGACAACAUUGCAACAGCAGAAUUCAGCUUCGUGUGAAGUCAAUAUAAAUGAGUGACAAGUAGUUUCAAUCAGUCAUGGAUUGUUUUGUUAUUGAAAUGCAUUAAUGAUUUGAAUUAUUGUCACAGCAAUAAUUAGCGUUGUGCUCAAAAACAUACUAUGCAAGACCAAGACUUUCCCGUGACCAAAAUCUACUUUAGAAAUAUACAUUUAGUCAAUGUUUCACUCCUUCACAGGGGUGUUGGAAUGAUCGUGACACAGCAAUCGAAGAUAUUCAUUGUUCUACCAUGUGUUUGCCUUUAAAAUUACAAUAAUAAAUUUGAAGAACAUUAUAUCAGUGGAGGUCUUGAAUAAAAAUCCUGAGUCAGCCCAGGAGGCUAGUCUAAGACCAAAGCAGGACAGGACCAAGAUUGGGUGUCGAGACAAAGACGAGACCUUCUACAGUGAAAAAAAAUAAAAUCUGAACCUUUUGGAAUUACUCAGAUUUCUGCAUAAAAUCACCAUCAAAUGUGAUCUGAUCUUUGUCAAAAUCACACAGAUGAAAAAACUGUCUCCCUUCACUAAAACCACAAAAACAUUUAUAGGUUUUCAUAUUUUAAUGAGGAUAGUAUGCAAACAAUGAUAUACAACAAUGAAAAUAAAUAUGUGAACCAUCACAUUUAAUAUUUUGUGCCCCCCCCCUUUGGCAGCAAUAACUUCAACCAGACGCUUCCUGUAGCUGUACAUAAGUCUGGCACAGAGAUCAGGACUAAUCUUGGCCCAUUCUUCUCUACAAAACUGCUGCAGUUCAGUCAGAUUCCUGGGAUGUCUAGCAUGAAUCUCUGUCUUUAGGUAAUGCCACAGCAUCUCGAUGGAGUUCAAAUCUGGGCUUUGACUUGGCCACUCCCAAACGUGUAUUUUGUUCCUCUGAAACAAUUCAGAAUUUAAUUUACUUCUGUGUUUUGGAUCAUUGUCUCGUUGCAGCAUCCAUCCUCUUUUUAGCUUCAACUGUCGGCAGAUGGCCACAGGUUUUCCUGCAAAACACCCUGAUAAACUUUUGAAUUCAUUCUUUCAUUAAUGAUUGCACGUUGUCCAGGCCCUGAGGUAGCAAAACGGCCCCAAAUAAUCAUGCUCCGUCCACCAUGCUUCAGGGUGGGGGUAAGGUGUUGAUGUUGGUGAGCUGUUUCAUUUUUCCUCCAUACAUGACGUUGUGUGUUACUCCCAAACAAUUCUACUUUGGUUUCAUCAGUCCACAAAAUAUUUUGCAAAACUCUGUGGAUUGUCCAAGUGCCUUUUUUUGAACAUUAAACGAGCAACAUGUUUUUUUUUUUCAAGACAGUAGUGGCCUCCUCCGUGGACUCCUCCCGGGAACACCAUUCUUGGCCAUAGUCUUACAUAUAGUUGGUGUGUGCACAUAGAUACUGGACUGUGCCAGUGAUUUCUGUAAGUCUUUAGCAGACACUCUAGGUUUUUUUUUAACCUCUCUGAGUAUUCCGCGCUGAACACUUGGCGUCAUCUUUGGUGGACGGCCACUCCUUCGGAGAGAAGCAACAGUGCCAAACUCUCCCCAUUUGUAGACAACUUCUCUGACUGUUGAUGGAUGAACAUCCAGAAUUUUAGAGAUGGUUUUGUAUCCUUUCCCAGCUUUAUAAAAAUCAACAAUCCUUGAUCGCAUGUCUUCAGACAGCUCUUGUGACUGAGCCAUGAUGCACAUUGGACAAUGCUUCUAAUCAAGACAAUCCUUACGUGUGUUUUAUGGUGGGCAGGGCAGUUUUUUAAACCACUCAUCAGUAAUUAAGCACACACCUGACUCAAAUUGAUUGGUAAAAACUGGUUUCCACUGCUCUUUCAGGCCAUGUCCACACUUAGCACGGUAUUUGGCAAAAAGAAGAUAUUUUUCUACGGAUAGGUCUAUCAUCCACACGCACACGCACAUUUAAACCAGAGUUUUUAAGAACGACGAGGAAAGUGAAGAAGUGCGAAUUCUGCAUUUGUGGCUCCAUCAUGUGGACACUGAUAACCGAAGAUUUAUGUAACUGGCUGCGACAAAUUUUGUCCUCACGUAACAAAUGAGACCAAUCUUUAUAUUUGGAGUAUAUUAAAGGGGAUGUUUCGGCAAAGGGGGUGUGAGACAUCAAUAGAACCGUUAUGCGCCAAGAUAACAAAUAUUGAUAAAGUUAACAAAAAAAUCAAUCACAUUAAUGAGCAAUUAUCGAAAAUAGAUCGAAAAUGACGAACACUACCGAAAGUGUUCCGGAAACAGCCGA